AUGGUUCGGAACCCCAUAGCUAUGUUAUCAGCCCAUUAUAACUUGAAGGCGCUCCGUAAGUUUUAACGCGAAGGAAACGAAGUUUCUGUUGUUGAACAUGACGUUUUGCUUCGUCUUCCCACUUUGUCUUUUGCCAUAACGCUGCGUAUUCAGUAGGCAUUGUCAUGUCCGAUGGCGUAUGCACAGGAUUCGAGCCGCAGAACUAUCUGCGUGAUCGGUGUCGCAAGUGUUUCCGUCUGAGGAUCAAGCACGAUCUCCCAGCCUCGGUGUCGCCAACGCCACGUAGCCCUGCCAUGUCGUCUCCAGAAAAUGUGUCAUCAGUGUCGCCCCCCAGCUCGUUGAGUGCAGAGAAAGCGGAACGACGUCGUUCCUGGAGAGACCGUAACCCCGACGAAGGACCAGACAAUGAAAGUAGGAUCUUUAAAUUCAAUUUUGACAUCAAACGCAAUCUUGUUUAACAAAUCCUAAAAGGAUCUGAAUCCGAGAAAAAACGAAUCCUUUAAAAGAAUCUUCAAGAAUCUGCAUCCUUUAGCUACCUUAACCCAUCUGAUUUCAGUUCCCGAUAACAUAACAGAAACCUCAUCCGUCGUGUCUUUCAAAUCAGCUCGGUCCAAGUUGUUGCCUAAUGCCAAGUCGAUGGAAAGCAUCUCGUCCAUCGUCGACGACCGCUCCAUGGUCACUGCCGCUUCAGGAUCUCUAGAAUUCGAAAACGACGACGACAGAUGCAUUACGCCUACAGAAAUGGACUUUGUAAGACAUGUAGCACUUGAUAACAUGACAUUAGUAGAUAACUAACGAACCAUUAGUUAACAAAGCCAUUAUAACAACAAUUGUUGUCAAGGAUAUGCCUUUACGCCCACGAUAUUGCAGGAUUCUCGACAGCUACGAUCCGAAAACAUACGAUUGCAAGAACAAGUGAGCAAAUUGAAAGAAGAACGGAAGAGAUGGACCCUCAAACGCCCUCCCAAAACCGACUCACAUCAAGAUGAAACCCUCGUCCAGAUUCUGGAAGAACGACUGGCAGAAGCCGAGAGCCUCAUUCAAGAUUACCGCGAUGAGAACACCAGCCUGAAAUGUGAAUUGCGUGAAAUCAACGAGGGACUCAAGACCAAAGAAAUGGAUUCAAAGCUACGGUCCGCCGAAGACUUGUGCGACGAACUCAUGGUCGAGAACGAGCAGCUCAAGAACGAGGUUCGGGACCUCCAACAAGAAGUGGAAGAGAUGCAAGAUCAGUACCGUGAAGAAGAGAUCGAAGAGUUCCGUGAACUUCAACGAGAACUCGAACAGAAUGCCAAAAACUGCCGUGUUCUGCAAUUCAAACUUAAGAAGGCAGAACGAGCGAAAGAACAGUACAAAACAGAAAACGAAGUGCUAACGAUGAAGAUGAGAGAGCAAGGCAGGUCUGGCAACGUUGGGGACAACGACGGCAAUGAAAGCGACGAGAACUCGAUCACUUCAGAUUCUACCGUGCACAGUCAGUCAGUCAAAGUUAGAGAACUAGAGUCAGAGCUGAGAAUCGCAAAGGAAGUCAGCUUUAGAUUACACAAGGAGCUAGAAACAGCCGAAGAAAAAAGGUACGAUAACCACGUUUUGAUGAAAUUAUAAAGAAAUACAUAUACAUAAAGCCAAUUCACAAAAUUUUAAGCCACAUAUAUCAUUAAAAACUUUAAAACACUGUUUUAGGUACAAGUUAGAAGAUGAAGUGUUCUACUACAAGGAAAAGACUAGAGAGCUACAAACCCAAAGCAAAUGGAGGGAUAACAGAAACAAAACAGACUAUUCAGCAGUACGUUUUAAAAAAGUAUUUUAAUUAUAAAUUUAGAGAAGAUUAUCGACCGAGUUACUGUCAGAAAUGUCAAAGGAAGACCUCCAGAUUCUGAUAGAAAGAGAAAGCGAUCUGAGAGAUCAGCUAAAGUUUGCAGAAGAAGACUUGAAGAGGACCAGGAAUCAGAUGCAGGAGCUGGAGAACGAAAACGAAGAGUUGAUGCAGAAGUUGGCCAAGCUCAACGAGGUCACCAACAGCAGAGGCUCGUUGAGCAAGAAACCUGUUAUUACAAGAAGCUCAAGGUACGGUCACAAGAAUAGUGUCAUCAUUUGUCACGCGCCACGGUUUGUCCAUAUUCUACGUAUUUUAUGUCCACAAAGCACUCAAAAGCUACAUUUAGUUGCACAAAAACACUUUUUCAAUGUGAAGCACGAUAAAAGCUUCAGGCACAAUAAUCAGCCUUCUUAUUAACAGUUAGCGAGCACUUUUUACACUUUGACUUUAAAAUUUCUGAAAAACCUUGUUUUAGUGACAGUCAUGAUGACAUCCUUCUUCAAAAACUGGACCUGACCUUAAAAGGGGAGCAGCGCUGUAAUAACUCUUUUCCCUUAAUGUGAGGCUUCUUAUUCUAUCAUGAACCAACUUUUUAAAAAUACGACCUAACCUUUACUUUCAGGUUGAAUGACAUUGACAACGAUGCUGUGAAAAGACUUCAGGAUCUAGACAUAGUAUCCAGUAAUGUAAGUACAGUAUAAUAUUUUAUGUACUGUUAAUGUUUAGGGGUCCGCAAAAUUGAACGCGGAGGUCGAAAAAGACAUCACGAGGCUGAUUGUGAAGAUUCAAGAGCUUGAGAAACAGAACAGUGAACUUCAGAUUCAGCUACGACGACAAGCCAUUAAUGGUGAUAAUUCGUCGAGAGACAAAGGUAACGCAAGAAUUAAAUUCAAAAUAGUAUAUCACUAAACCACCGUAGAUAACAAAAAGUUGUUCAUUAUACGUUUAACUUUCAGCCACGUCCGUAGAACUUCGUCAAGAACGACAACAACGUAAAGAGUUGGAGGCCGAGUUGACAGAGUUCAAACAGCUAAUUGCUAAAUCAGACAACUCAAAACUAAUAGCAAUGGCUACAAAAGUUGAACUGCUCACAAACCAACUAAACAUGGCCACAGAAAGAGCGAAUGCCUUACACAAAAAGACAGCAAAAGAAUCUGGAGCCGAAGAAAGCUAUGUCGAUCAACUGAAAAAGCAAAUAGAGACGUUAGAGAAACAGACUAGUGAACUGAUAGCUAAAGAAACCUUCAAAGUCCCAAAUAAACAAGACCUCGACUCUCCCUCAAUGGCUACGGCAGAUGAAGUAAGAUUACAAACUUUAAUCAUCAUAUCAAUCAAUCCUUUCACUUUUCUCUGAUAGAACUAAGAGAAUAGAAACAUAAUCGACUAACCAAUAACAUAACAUUUCAGAUUGAACACUGCUGUGUUGUGCUGGCCUCUGUAGAAGCACAGACCACCAGAAUAUGCAAGCAACUCGACAGAAUCGACAACUCCCAGAAGGAGGAACGUCGUCGUUCCUUAUCAAAAGAAAGCAGUGCCAGUAUAGCUGCUGAUCUGGUCGGAGUAAUGGCUGAACUCAAAGUAAUCCGCCAAGCCCUAAAAACACACAAACUCUCCGAUGUCAACGACGAUUCUGAAUCUCACAAUGAGGACGGUGUAGCCAAAGAACCUCAAGAGUGCAGUUUCUGUGCCGAGAGAGAGAAAGGCUUGGAGACGUUGAGAGAAGAAGUUGGAUUCUACAAGAAGAAGAACAAAGAACUGACCAAACAAGUUUUGCAAACAGAAAACCGAUGGACCGUGGAAAUAGAGAAUAAAACUCAUAAUUACAAAACGGAGGUGAGAUAUACGCAUCUAGCAAGCCCCCCUCUUAAAUCUUACAUUAGCAACUUGUUCUUUUUAGAUCCGUCGUUUGGAAAAUGAGCUGGGAGAGUUGAAGAGUGGACUGAAAGAACAAGAAGAAGUUGCCAAUGCACGGAUGGUCACAUUGAUUGAGAAACAAAAGACCAUCGAAGAGCAAACUGCCCGAAUGAACCGACUGGAAGAUGAGAUACAUCAGAAGCAAAAAAUCAUACAGGUAAAACAUGUUCUGCAUAACAAAUAACAAUGUAUCAUAACUUCAAGCUCAGAAGAUAUGUUUAUCUUAUACUAAAGCGGCAAUUUUAGGAUUAUGAAAAAGAACAAAAAGCCCUCAAAGAGUUCGAGAUCAAGUACAGGAAGAUGGAAGACAUGUAUAACAAAGAAAAAGAGAAGUACGACAGAGAAAGAUCGAAAAUAAAGUCAGACAUGGCUACGGCAAAGAAAAAGGCCGACGAAGCAACAAAUGAGCUCGGUAAGGAAAAACCUUGACAAAAAUGUAAAACAUGCCAAAACAGCUGCGCCCAAACAUAGGCAGCCUGCACAUUCUUUAAACAACAAAUUGUCCAAUCUCUGAAACUUUUUAAAAUUUAGGGUUCUAAUUAUGGAAUAAUUAAAAAAGUCAACAAUUAACGAAAUAUUUAUUUCAGAAACGACAAGAAGGGAUGUUGAGCAAAAAGAAAACGAAUGGAACGAUCAGAAACAGAACCUCCAAAACGAAAUCAACUCAUUGAAGAAGAAAAAGAACAGCGAAGAAAGCGAAGAGGAGGAGGAAGAAGAAGAUGGUCCGUCAAUCAGUCCUCGACCUGUCAUCAGAACAAUCAACUACAGAGUCACUAAAAUAAACGAAUUAGGAGUGCCUGAACUAAAAGAAAAGCUGGCUGAUCAACAACAAAAAUACAGUGAACUAGAUGGGAGAUUCAACAAGCUACAAUUGGCAAAAGAAACCGUUGACAGCGAGCUACAACGGCUGAAAGAUGUAGUAGAAAGAGAAAGGAAUGAUUCACAACAUAGGCUACGGCAGAACGAGAAGAUACGAUCGUUCGAGAUGGAUGCGUUACAGCAGAAGUUUACCAGUCGAAUGAACAUUAUGGAGAACACGAAUAAAUCAUUGCAUACCCAAGUAAGUUACGUUAAAAUAUAUACGUAAACUACCUUAUUAUAAGUAAAAAGCGUAAAAAAAUCCAUGUAACAGAGAUUAGAUAAUUUUGAACCCUUUCAAAUAUUAAUUUUUGCUCCAUUUUACAGCUGGUUCAAAUUAGACGAGAACGUGACAGGUUCAGAGAAGGCAUGAAUGUUACAGAACAAAAGUUGCUGGACGAACAGCGGCGUUGUGAAGAAGAACGGAGGAAGAAUGUCUUACUUGCCAAUAGUAAUAGCGAAAACGUAUGUUUGAUAUUAAAAGUUAAAAUAUAAAAAAUUAAAAUAAUUAAAGUUAAACAAUAUAAAUGUUACCUAAAAUAACAUCUCACAAUGUUAUAGGAGAAAAAGAUCAAGACCCUGAAGGCCGAGAUAGACCGUAUUAGUCAUGAACUUAAACUGAAGAUAGAAGCUCACCGUGCUGACUGUGCCUUGUGGGAUAUUCAGAAGAAGCAUCUAGAAUCUAAUAAAGGAAAUACAGACAGUAAAGAUGUACGAAUAACUGAAGAUGCGCUGAAUGCGGCCGAAGCCGUUCAGAAACAGUACGCAGAGUAUCAGAAGUUCUACACGAAAGAAGUAGCUCGGUUGAACAAAAAGAUCAAGGAGAUGGGCACGAUGCUGACCAACAAAGAGUACGAGUUUGAGAAGAAGACAAACGAGGUAAGACUCUAAUAAGUUCAUAAACCAAACCACAAAGAAUGGUAUCAUAACAAUAACUUUUCAGCUUGACGAACAAAUAAAGAUUCUGGAGAUCGACCAGAAGAACCUCCUACAGGCAAAACAAAUGCAAGUUAAUACGACAGAGAUAUUGAGGGCUGAUCAAGACCGACUGAUGCAAGUAGUUCAACAAGCAGAAGUUCAAAAACUGACAAGGAAGUACAAGAUAACGGCAGUCGUUGACAGAGUAAGUGCAUAAAUUGAAAAUGUAAUGGUGCUUAAUGCACAGUACACAUCUAUAUUAACAAAUUCAACCACUGUUACUAAAAAAUUGCUUUCAGCUUCAAACCAUCCGGAAUUUGACAGAAGACACCGAGAUCUCCCACAUCAUAAACCAGUUGAACACCAUCAAAGAAGACGACAAUCACACGGCAUUCACAUCCAGCGAUCUCAAUAGUUAUGAAGUGGAUUCUGCGUUGUCAUCUGCUAGGACAGUCAACUCUAUCUGUGGCAGCACCUACAGUACCAAUCCCAUAUUCCUACCCAAUCAGCGGUCUCUGAGUAUCGAGAGUACUUCCACUUGGGACAGUCGCUUCCAAGACUACACCAACCGGUCGAUAUCCCCAGUGAAGAAGAUGGUCAAUUAUCCCGAUCCUCCCCCGACAUUUAUGCUCAGUAAAGACACCAAAGUAGAGUACGAUAGAGAAGGCAAACUACAUUAUGUCCCCAAAACAAUAUCGCGCAGUUUGUUAUAUGACAACGCCACGGCACCAAUCGUCACAAAAAGUACGGGUACCUUAACAGACGACACGGACGCCGACAACGAUUCCCUGGCAUCGCACAGUAGAAUGGGUAGUGCCGGUACAAACAUACUGUACAAGAUACGAAGGGAGGAGUUGGCCAAGGGAAAGGCUCCUUCAGUAAGGACGAUUGCCAAAGCGUUCGAAACCCUGGACCGACCCAAGACCAAGAGAGGCUUUUUCAAUAUUCGGAAGUCAAGAUCGGUUGACACGGGCGAGGACAAGCCCUCGGCGGUAAGUAAAACUAAUACGUACAUGAUGAUAGGCAAACAUUUAUAAGUUUUGCUACAUGAGAAUAAUAUUAAAACCGUUUUUUAGGGAAUGAUGGCAUAUUUUGUAAAAUAUAGGCUCUUUUACACGUAAUAAUAAGCAUUCUUUUCGUUUCAGAACUUCCUCAAGCCCUCAGCACUAACCAGAAACACUGAGAGUAUGAGUAAGAUAGAGUCAGAUCUACCUUCCAAUAGUGUUAUAAACAAGUCUUCUACAACAAACCCGGCUUCCCACUACGGCACGCUAACACGUGGAGGUCGGAAUCCUUUCAAAAACAUGGGAUCCAAGCUGGUUGACCGAGUUCGACGGUCUUUGUCAAAGUCAGGACGAACAAGUCGUGACCAGACUCCCGAAAGAGCUCCAUUGGCACCAAAUGAAGAUAUAUCGCCAUUGGAUGAGAACGCUCCCACGGCGACCGAGAAGACAAAGGUAAACAGAUAA